AUGUCAUCUUCGGCAACCACUUCCACACCAUCAACAUCGGAUCAAUCGAAAAUUGAAGUAGAAUUUGAAGUGGUUCAGACUGGAAUUUACGGACAAAAGGAUUUCAGAGAUGCAAUAUUGUUGCAGUCUGCCAAGGAUUGUCCUAGUGUUGGAAUCAAGAAGGAAGUCGAAACUCACACCUCCUUUGAUAGCCAUGUAUUGGUCUAUGUCUCAUCUGGAAACAAACCUACUGGUGGUUAUUCGUGCAUGAUCAAAAAGGUUCAAUUCGACUCGGACAAGAAUACUCUUAUUAUUCAUGCCAAGGAUGCCGAGCCAAAAGAUUCGUUUGCCACAAUGGCGCUGACAGUUCCCUUCUCUGUGAUUCGAGUCAAGAGAUUGGACAAACCUUACGAAAAGGUCAAAGUAAGAUGGUUGACGAAAAAGAAGAGCAAGGAAGAACAAUAG